UCCGACAUCACCUGAAGGCAGCAACAGCGAUGCCACCCCACCUGUACUUCAGUGGAGGAGAGCUGGACCAAGCAUGUGACAACUGAGCAGAUCCGAUGUGGAAGCGGAGGGAGAAUAAAGUCACUGAUUCACUCAGCAGAACGGAGCAUCUUCUGAAAGAUGAUCGCAGGAAAUAUUCGGGGGAAAUUGUUCGGAUUUGUGUGAAGCAAACUUUGGAGCGACGGCCAGCGUCCUCCGGGGUUUAUUACCAGUGGUGCUGUGAAGAUCACGGUACGAUAAUGGGGAAGCGCUGGGUGAUACUGCUCGCUCUGUUCCUGCAGCUUUUCUGUGGCUGUGCAGAAAGCCACAGGAUAGCGAGAGCCUCCUCCAUGCAGUUCACCCACUCAGUUUACAACGCCACCAUAUAUGAGAACUCUGCUGCUAAGACUUACUUAGAGAGUCACACCAAGAUGGGGAUCUUUGUCACAGACUCAGCGUGGGAGAUACGGUACAAAAUCAUCUCUGGAGAUGAUGAGAACUUGUUUAAAGCAGAGGACUACCAGGUGGGAGAUUUCAGUUUUUUGCGAAUAAGGACCAAAGGCGGCAGCACUGCUAUCCUGAACCGGGAGGUUAAAGACCACUAUAUGCUCACUGUCAAAGCUUCAGAAAGGAGCACAAACCUAGAGUGUCGCACCAGAGUGAAGGUGCAGGUACUGGAUACAAAUGAUCUGAGGCCUCUUUUCUCACCAACAUCCUACAGCAUCUCUCUGCCGGAGAACGCUGUCAUACGCACAAGUGUGGCAAAGGUCACAGCCACUGAUGCAGACAUCGGUACGAAUGGAGAAUACUACUAUAGCUUCAGGGAGUGGACGGACAUGUUUGCUGUUCAUCCUACGAGUGGUGUGGUGACACUGACUGGCAAGCUAGACUACUCUGAGACAAAGCUGUAUGAACUUGAGAUCCUUGCAGUGGACAGAGGGAUGAAGCUGUACGGCAGCAGUGGCUUCAGUAGCAUGGCCAAACUCACAGUCAGGGUGGAACAAGCCAAUGAGCAUGCACCUGUAAUUACCGCAGUGACCUUGGCACCCUCCGAUGCGGAUCAGGACCCCACAUAUGCCAUUGUGACAGUGGAGGACAAAGAUCAGGGACCAAACGGGGAGAUAGCAUCUCUAAGCAUAGUGGCCGGUGACCCUCUUCUGCAGUUUAAGGCUGUAAGGACCAGCCCAGGGAGCAAAGAGUACAAAAUUAAAGCAGUCAAAGAUGUGGACUGGGACAGCCAACCAUUUGGAUACAACCUCACCUUACAAGCAAAGGACAAAGGCACCCCCCCUCAGUUUUCAUCAGCUAAACUGGUACAUGUCUCUUCAGCACAGUUCCAUAAUGGCCCUCCUGCCUUUGAAAAGGCUGCUUACAGAGUUAAUCUGAGCGAAUUUGCCCCUCUUCACACACCUGUCACUAUGGUGACAGCUCUGCCAAAGUAUCCCCAUCUAAAAUAUGCUUUUAAACACAGUUCUGACAAAAAUCGAUUUAAUAUCAACCCAGAUACUGGGUUAAUUACCACCGCGGGGUCAAUCAGUGCUGAUACUUCCUUGAAAUUUGAGCUUGAGGUUAUCACCAGUGACGAGAAGGCAGCUGCAAAAGUGAUUGUUGAUGUCGUUGAUGUAAAUAAUAAUGCACCGGAGUUCCAGCAGACAUCUUACAAAGCCAGUGUGGAUGAGAAUGCACCCGUUGGUACUAGUGUGGUGACUGUAAAAGCCAAUGAUUUAGACAAGGAAGAGAAUGGCUAUGUGACCUACAGCAUCACCAAUCUGAGUCCCCAGCCAUUUGUUAUUGAUUACUUUUCUGGUGUCAUCAGCACUUCAGAGGAGCUAGAUUAUGAGCUCAUGCCCAGGAUAUACCAUCUGAAAGUCAGAGCAUCGGACUGGGGAUCCCCUUUCCGGAGAGAGGUGGAAGCAUUUGUGACCAUAACUUUAAAUAACCUGAAUGACAACAAACCUUUGUUUGAAAACAUAGACUGUGAAGUGACUGUGCCCCGCGAUCACGGUGUGGGAGAGCAGAUAACAACGACCUCUGCCAUAGAUGCCGAUGAACUGCAGCUAGUGCGGUACUAUAUUAAAGCUGGGAAUGAUCUUAAUCUGUUUGAACUGAACCCAAACUCAGGUCUGCUUUCUCUGAGGCACACUUUGAGUGAGGGCGAGGCAGCUAAAGUAUCUUUUCACAGUUUACAGAUUGUUGCAACUGACGGCGAACACGAGACUCAGCCGAUGAUCAUGAACAUAACCGUCAUCACGGCACGUAAGCCCGUCCAAGUGAAAUGUGUCGAAACGGGUGUCGCCACAAUGUUGGCUGAAAAGCUGCUUCAGGGCAGCAAAAUCCACACGCAGACUGAGCCAGACGACAACUUUGUGGACAUUUAUUCCAUCAACCGGUACACUCCUCAGUUUGGAGAAUCUUUCCCAAGUGUUAUUGAAGUCAAGGAGGACUUACCUGUUGGAGCUCGGAUUGUCCAUUUGAGUGCCACAGACUCAGACAGUGCCUUCAAUGGCAAACUGGUAUACGUUAUUUCAGGAGGAGACACAGAGAGCCGCUUUAAUUUAGAGAUGGAAACUGGCUGGCUUUUGGUUUAUUCUCCGCUUGACAGGGAGACAACUGACCACUACACCCUCAACAUUACCGUUUAUGACCUUGGAAUUCCACAGAAAUCCUUGUCACGUCUCUUGGAUGUUAAAAUUUUAGACGCAAACGACAAUAGCCCGCAGUUUUUGCAAGAUUCAUAUUCGGUUGAGAUAAGUGAGAGCACACCUGUCGGAACAGAAAUCAUUCAGGUCGACUCAACAGACAAGGAUAUGGGUGAUAAUGGAAUUGUUAAGUACUCAAUUUUGGGAGGAACGGAUCAUUUUGCUAUCAAUGAGAAAACCGGUGUAGUGACUGUGACCAAACCACUGGAUCGCGAGCGCUAUCCAUUUUAUAUUCUGAAGAUUGCUGCACGUGAUCAGGCAGUGUCUGAGCCUCAGCUAGUGUCCACUGUGCCACUCAAAAUCACUCUGGAAGAUGUGAACGAUAAUCCACCUAAAUUUGUUCCUCCCAAUUAUCGUGUGAAAGUGAGGGAGGAUCUUCCUGUUGGUACUGUGAUCAUGUGGCUGGAGGCUCAUGACCCUGACAUUGGACCUUCGAGUCAAGUAAGAUACAGUCUUACUGACAACGGAGACGGGAAUUUUGAAGUAGACAAACUCAGCGGUGCUCUUCGGAUUGUUCAGAAUCUUGAUUAUGAGACUAAACAGGUGUAUAAUCUGACAGCAAAAGCCAAAGACAAAGGGAAACCCAUUUCUCUGUCAUCAACCUGCUUCAUUGAGGUGGAUGUGGUGGACGUAAAUGAGAAUCUCCACAGGCCUUUGUUCCGAUCGUUUGUGGAAAAGGGAUUUAUAAAGGAAGACGCCCUUGUUGGGACUUCUGUGAUGACUGUUUCAGCUGAAGACGAGGAUCCAGGGCAAGAUGGCGAAAUACGGUACUCCAUCAGGGAUGGCUCUGGGCUAGGAAUAUUUUCCAUUGAUGAGCAAACUGGUGUUAUUCGAACGAAAGAACUGCUGGACCACGAGACCACACCUCACUACUGGCUCACAGUCUAUGCAACGGAUCGUGGCGUGGUACCGCUGUCUUCUUUUGUUGAGGUUUACAUCGAGGUCCAGGAUGUCAAUGACAAUGCACCUCAAACCUCCGAACCCGUCUAUUACCCAUCUAUCAUGGAGAACUCACCAAAAGAUGUGUCCAUCAUCCUGAUAAAUGCUGUUGAUCCAGAUACCAAGUCCAGUGAUAAGCUCACCUACAGGAUCACCAGUGGAAAUCCCCAGGGGUUCUUCACCAUAAACUCCAAGACAGGUCUGGUUUCAACCACUUCCAGGAAACUUGACAGGGAGCAGCAGGAUGAGCACAUACUCGAGAUCACCAUUACAGACCAAGGCGUUCCUCCCAAGUCCACCACCGUCCGGGUCAUCGUCCAGGUCCUCGACGAGAACGACCACAGGCCCUUGUUCCUGGAGAAGAUCUACAAGAUCCAGCUCCCUGAGCGUGAGAGGCCGGAGAAAGAGCGAGCCACAAAGAGAGACCCCGUGUAUCGGGUCAUUGCAUCCGAUCGCGACGUUGGGCCGAAUGCUGAGAUUUCUUACAGCAUCGAGGAAGGAGACGAGCACGGAAAUUUCUUUAUCGAGCCAAAAACCGGCCUUGUGUCAUCCAAGAAGUUUUCCUCUGCUGGGGAAUACAACAUUCUCUCUAUCAAAGCUGUCGAUAAUGGCCGUCCACAGAGGUCCUCCACUUGUCGUCUGCACAUCGAAUGGAUCCCUAAACCGAAGGUCCCAGCUGAUGCGUCUCCUUUGCUUUUUGAGGAGUCCCCCUUCAUGUUUUCCGUCAUGGAAAGCGACCCUGUGGCACACAUGGUGGGCGUCGUCGCCACAGAGUCCUCUGAUGUCCCUGUGUGGUUCGAAAUCACAGGCGGGUCAGAGGAUGCUGAGAUGUUUUACAUCCUUCAGAUGGCUUGUGACCACAACUGUACAGCAGAAGGUGGCAAUUACGACAGCCGCUUUGACGUUGGGAAGGCCAGUGGAACCUUGAUUGUCGCUCGGCCCCUGGACACAGAGCAGAAAUCAAAUUACAACCUGACAGUGGAAGCCACAGAUGGGACACGAACUGUCAGCACUCAGGUGCUCAUCCAAGUCAUUGACACCAACAACCACCGGCCACAGUUCUCCCAUCAGGUUUACGUUGUGAACAUCCCCGAAGAUGAACCCGCGGGGACGGAGGUCCUGCAGGUCCGUGCCACGGACAGAGAUGAGAAAAACAAACUGACCUACACUCUCCUGAGCAGCACUGAUCCCUUCAGCCUGCGAAAGUUCCGGCUGGACCCGGGGACGGGCACGUUGUUCACCACCGAACGGCUGGAUCACGAGACCAUGCACCGCCACAUCCUCACUGUUAUGGUUCGAGACCAGGACAUCCCAGUAAAGAGGAAUCUCGUGCGCAUUAUCGUUGACGUGGAUGACACUAACGAUAACGCACCCUGGUUUAUUGGCACGCCGUACUCUGGCCGUGCGUUUGAGUCUUCCGCUGUAGGCUCAGCCGUGCUGCAGGUCACUGCUCUGGACAAGGACAUGGGCUUCAAUGCUGAGGUGGUCUACAGCAUCGAGUCAGGAAAUGUUGGAAACUCUUUUGCUAUUGAUCCUGUUCUCGGGAUAAUCACAGUGGCCAAAGAACUCGAUUGUAGCAGCAAGGCAGCAUUUGAACUCAUUGUUAAGGCCUCUGAUAAUGGAGCACCACCGCUGUCCACCACCACCUCUGUAAAUAUUAUGGUAACCGUUUCUGACAAUGCAGCCCCCAGAUUCACUGAAAAAGAAUCCUCCUCAGAGAUCAGCGAGCUGGCCCCUCCUGGAAGUUUUGUGAACAUGGUCACAGCCAUCAGCCAGUCGUCUGUUUUCUACCAAAUCAGAGGCGGCAAUGUUAACAACGCGUUUGAUAUUAACCCAAACUCUGGAGUGGUUGUAACGCAAAAGGCUUUAGAUUAUGAGACCAUCUCUCAAUAUAAACUCAUCAUCCAGGGAACCAACAUGGCCGGACUUGCCAGUAACACCACCCUUCUCAUUCACCUCAAGGAUGAAAAUGACAACUCUCCAGUCUUCACCCAGAAGGAAUUCAAGGGAGUGAUCAGUGAGCUUGCCUCAAUCAACAGCGUUGUUCUGACUCGUGAAAACACCCCUUUUGUUAUUCAUGCGUCUGACGCAGAUUCUGACCAAAACGCCAGGCUGAUUUAUCAAAUAGUUGAACCUUUUGCUCACAACUAUUUUGCCAUUGACUCGAGUACAGGAGCCAUCAGAAUAACAGCAGCUUUGGACUACGAACAGAGGAGCGCUUUCCGCUUCACAGUUCAGGUUCACGACCUAGGAAUGCCGCGGCUGUUUGCGGAGACGCCGACCAAUGUGACCAUUGAAGUAAUUGAUGUUAAUGACUGCUCGCCAGUUUUCAGCCAAGAGCUGUAUGAGGCCGCUGUCAUUGUGCCAACCUACAAAGGCGUAGAAGUGAUUCAAGUGAAUGCCUCAGACUCAGACUCUGGACCCAACGCAAAACUUCUCUUCUCCAUCUCUGAGGGAAAUAUUGGUGAUAAGUUUAAAAUUGAUCCAGUCACAGGCAUCAUCUCGAUUCAGAAUGUCACACAGCUCAGGAGCAGAUAUGAAUUAAAGAUUAGAGUUUCUGAUGGCAGAUUCGCUGCUGUUUCUACUGUGAAGAUCACUGUGAAGGAGAGCAAGGACAACAGGAUGAAGUUCACCCAGGAGUCAUACAAAGCCUACAUCCAAGAAAAUUCUUCUGACAAGAAAGCUCUGGUUGUCAUUGCAGCUGUAGGGAACCAAGUGAACAAACCUUUGUUCUAUAGAAUUUUGAACCCUGACAACAGGUUUAAAAUCAGCACCACCUCUGGAGUUAUCUCAACCACUGGGAUUCCAUUUGACCACGAAGCACAGGACACGUAUGAUAUUAUUGUUGAGGUCACAGAGGAAAACAAAUCUGAAGAUGCGGCCCAUACUUUAGUUACUGUGACCGUGGAAGAUGUAAAUGACAACAAACCCAUGUUUGUCAAUCUUCCUUAUCAUGCUCCGGUACAGAUGGAUGCAGAAGAAGGUCACAUCGUUCGACAGGUUAUGGCUGUUGACAAAGACAGGGGCUCAAAUGCAGAAAUCCAUUAUUAUUUGAAGGAGCAUCAAGAGCACUUUGAUAUUAGCUCAUCUGGAGAGAUCUUGCUCAAAAAGAAAUUUGAGAAGGACUCCCUCAAUACAAAGUUUGUUCUAGUCGUUGUGGCUAAGGAUAAUGGAGAACCUCCUCUGUCUGCAGAAGUUGAAGUGCCAGUAACAGUGGUGAACAAAGCAAUGCCUGUGUUUGAGAGGCCUUUUUACAGCAUUGAAAUCCCUGAAAACAUUCAACUGCACUCCCCUGUGCUCCAUGUGCAGGCCAGUGAUUCUGAAGGCCCUCGUAUUGUAUACACCAUCUCCGAGGGAGAUCCUUUCAAACAGUUCUCAAUUGACUUUAACACAGGGGUCAUUCCUGUGAUUCAGGCUUUGGACUUUGAGACACAUCCUGCCUAUAAGUUAAACGUCAGAGCCACAGACUCGCUGACUGGCGCUCACUCUGAGGUGUUUGUUGAUAUCAUACUGGAGGAUGUGAAUGACAAUGCCCCUGUGUUCAUGUCCAAGGCCUACUAUGCAAACAUCUCUGAGGCCUCUGUGAUUGGUACAUCCAUUUUACAAGUGGUUGCAAAAGAUUCUGAUACCAGUAACAACCAAGAAGUGUUUUUUCGGCUGGUUGAGGAAAGAGGGAAGAGUUCAGAUUAUUUUACCAUUGACCGGGACACGGGAGUAAUCUCAACAGCCCAAAUUCUUGAUCACGAAGAGAUCCAGCAACACAAGCUGAGAGUCCGCGCCAUAGAUGGAGGAGUGCCCGCCCUCUCGAGUGACAUUGUUGUGACAGUAGAUGUUAUGGAUCUGAAUGACAACGCGCCCGUUUUUACAGAGCACACAUACAAAAGCACCAUCAGUGAAUUAGCCCCACGAGGACACUUUGUCGGCCAAGUUCAGGCGUCUGAUGCCGACAGUUCAGAUGCUGACAAGUUGGAGUUCUCAAUUAUAUCUGGAAAUGAGGAGCAGAACUUUGCCAUCAACAAAAAAACUGGAGCAAUUGUCAUCUCAAACCACCGCCAGCCACACAUGCAGCCUCUUUACAGUCUUAAUGUGUCCGUGUCUGAUGGCGUAUUCAGAGGCUCAGCAGUUGUGGAGGUGAAAGUUAUUGGUGCCAACUUCCACAACCCCACCUUCUCACAGAUGGACGUCUUGGUGGAGGUGGUUGAGAACUCACCUGCUGGUACACUGGUUGCUGAAGCACAGGCAAUAGAUGACGAUGAAGGCAUCUAUGGCCAGAUUACUUACCAGAUUGUCAAUGAUUUUGCAAAAGACAGAUUUACCAUCAAUGAAAAAGGAGAGAUCUUCACUCUUGAAAGCCUCGAUCGUGAAAAUCCAGUUGAAAAGGUCAUUCCUAUUUCUCUGAUAGCUACAGAUGGGAGUGGAAAAGUAGGCUUUUGUGUUGUCAACGUUAUUGUCACAGAUGCCAACGACAAUGCUCCACAGUUCAGAGCGGUUGAGUACAAAGCCACGAUCGCUUCAGACGUCCCAAGAGGAACAUCUGUGCUUAAAGUUGCUGCCUCAGACAUGGACGAGGGGAGUAAUGCAGACAUCGAGUAUUCUCUUGAAGCAGAUGUUGAAAAUGUGGGGGAGAAUUUUGAGAUCCACAAAACCUCAGGAGUCAUCAUUACCAAAGAAAGCCUCAUUGGGCUUGAAAAUGAGCUCUACUCAUUUUUUGUGAAAGCAAAGGAUACUGGGAAUCCACCCAAACAAUCAGUGGUCAAGGUUUACGUCAGCAUUGUUUCAUCAGAGACAUCUAUCCCCAAGUUUUCUGAACCAUUUUAUCGCUACACUGUUGCUGAGGAUCUUCCCAUUGGCACAGAGAUUGAUACCAUUCAGGCUGAGGGCACGCAGCCGCUCGUUUACAGCCUUGUGAAAGGCAACACACCUGAGAGCAAUGAGCACGAAGUGUUUGUUUUAGACAGAGACAGCGGGGCCUUAAAACUUCAGAAGAACCUUGAUCAUGAGACGACCAAAUGGUACCAACUCACUCUGCUUGCUCAAACCGAUGAAGUAGUUGCACCAGUAAUUGUGAACAUCCAGGUUAAAGAUGUCAAUGAUAACAAACCAGUCUUUGAGUCUGACCCUUACAAGGCUGUCGUUGUUGAAAACCUUCCAAGUGGAACACAAGUUAUUCAAAUCAAAGCCAACGACCUAGAUUCUGGAACCAACGGCCACGUCGUCUACAGCCUCGACCCUAAGCAGAAGUCCCAGGAAAUCGCCGAGCUGUUUGCUGUUAACAGAGAAACUGGAUGGAUAACCACCUUGAAAGAGCUAGAUCGUGAAAAAAUGAUCAAAUACAGCAUCGCCGUCCUGGCCACGGACCAAGGCGACACGGUCCGCCAUGCCACCAGCGCUACAGUGGUGGUAACGGUAGCCGACGUGAACGACAACCCACCUCGGUUCACCGCAGAGAUCUACAAGGGAACAGUGAGCGAAGAUGACCCGCUACCUAGUGGGGUGAUUGCUAUUCUCAGCACCACUGAUGAUGAUUCUGAAGACAUUAACAAACAAGUGAACUACUUCAUAACAGGAGGAGACCCUCUCGGCCAGUUUGCCAUCGAGCAUGUUCAGAAUGAGUGGAAGGUGUCCGUCAGGAAGCCUUUGGAUCGAGAAGUGACGGAUAAUUAUCUGCUCAACAUCACCGCCAGCGAUGGCGUCUUCACCACCAGAGCCAUCGUGGAAGUCAAGGUGCUGGAUGCCAACGAUAACGACCCCGUUUGCGAAAAGGCCGUCUACAGUGAAAGCGUCCCAGAGGACUCUCCUGCUGGCAGGCUCAUCCUGCAGGUCUCCGCCUCAGACGUCGACAUCCGCUCGAAUGCCCAAAUCUCCUACGAGCUCCAGGGAGUUGGAGCUGAACUGUUUAUGAUUGACUCUGAAACAGGGGAGCUGAAGACCUUCCAGCCUUUAGACAGAGAGAAGCAGGGCGAGCACAGGUUCAGAAUGCGAGCGAUCGAUGGAGGAGGGCGCUACUGUGAAGCAGAAAUCCACAUCGCGGUGGAGGAUGUGAAUGACAACCCACCUCAGUUCUCAUCGGAUCCCUACUCCAUCACCGUGUUUGAGAACACAGAGAUUGGCACAUUUGUUGCUAAACUUCUGGCACAUGAUAUGGACACUGGUCUUAAUAGCGACAUCCUGUACUCGUUGGCUGACUCAGCCGAUGGAUUCUUCUCCAUCGCCGAGCACACCGGCGUGUUGAGCCUGGAACGUCCCCUGGACCGAGAGGUGCAGUCGGUGUACGAGCUGCAGGCUCGGGCCAGUGACCAGGGCUCUCCUCGUCUGUCCUCACUCUGCCAAGUGGUCAUCUCCGUGCUGGACAUCAACGACAACCCGCCGGUGUUUGAGCACCGUGAAUACUCAGCCACCUUGUCCGAGGAUGUGGCCGUGGGGACUCAGGUGCUCAGGGUGCUGGCGGCUAGCCGCGACGCAGACGCUGGCGGAGAGAUAUCAUACAGCAUCAUCAGUGGGAAUGAGCACGGCUUGUUCAGCGUGGAGCCUCAUACCGGUGACAUCUUUGUGAUUGAAGGCUUGGACUACGAGCUCUCUCAUGAAUACUACAUCACCGUAGAGGCUACAGACGGUGGUUCCCCUCCGCUCAGCGACAUUGCCACGGUGAACAUCAACCUAACCGACGUCAACGACAACCGGCCGGUCUUCAGCCAGGACGUCUACACGACGGUCAUCAGUGAGGACGUGGAGCUGGGGAAGACGGUGUUAGCGGUGAUGGCCGAGGAUGCUGACGGGCCCUCCAACAAUCACAUCCACUACUCCAUCGUGGACGGUAACCAAGGCAGCCCCUUCACCCUCGACCCUGUCAGAGGGGAACUCAAAGUCGCUCGGCAGCUGGACCGGGAGCGAAUGUCUGGCUACACCCUGGUGGUGGUCGCCUCGGACAACGGGACACCUCCCUUCUCCAGCAGCGCUGCCAUCAACAUCGACAUCUCAGAUGUCAACGAUAACCCGCCUCUUUUCUCCCAGGCCAACUACAGCCUCAUCAUCCAGGAGAAUCGACCCAAAGAAACGAGCGUUCUUCAGCUCACAGUAAGCGAUCGAGAUGCUUCUCACAAUGGCCCACCUUUCACCUUCACCAUCGUGGACGGGAACGGGGACGAUGCCUUCCACAUCAACCAGCAUGGAGCUCUUCUGACUGUGGGGGUGCUGAACAGGAAACACAAAGAGCUGUACCUGCUUCAAGCACAGGUGUGUGACAGCGGCAAACCUCAGCUCUCCUCCACUACCUUCAUCAGCGUGCGUGUGAUCGAAGAGAGCGUCUACCCUCCCGCCGUUCUCCCGCUGGACAUUUUUGUCUCCAUCGCUGGGGAUGAGUAUCCUGGGGGUGUUUUAGGCAAAAUCCACGCCACUGACCAAGACGUCUACGACACCCUCACCUACAGCCUCGCCCCUUCUUCAUCCUCACCCAUGGACCCGGGCGGUGACUUGUUUUCAGUUUCAGCCUCCGAUGGGAAAGUGAUCGCCCUGCGGCCGCUCGACGUGGGCCACUACUCGCUCAACGUGACCGUGAGCGACGGACGCUUCACAACGCCCGCUGACGUUAACGUGCACAUGCGCCAAGCGGCGCGCCAGGCCCUGGAUAACUCCGUCGCUGUGCGAUUUGCUAACAUUGCUCCUGAGGAAUUUAUCGGAGACUACUGGCGGAACUUCCAGCGAGCGCUGAGAAACAUCGCGGGGGUCCGGAGGAGUGAAGUUCAGUUGGUGAGCCUACAACCUUCAGAGCAGGGGGAUCUGGAUGUCCUGCUGACUCUGGAGAGAUCUGGAAGUCCGUAUCAGUCCCAGGAGGUUGUCUUCCGUAAGCUGAACUCGUCUGCCAGUGUGAUCGAGGAGAUGACGGGGGUUCGUAUCGUGCGUGUGGUUCAGAAGCUGUGUGCAGGUCUGGACUGCCCGCUGCACUUCUGUGAUGAGGUCAUCUCGCUGGAUAAAAGCACCAUGUCCACCUACAGCACAGCUCGCCUCAGCUUUGUCACCCCGCGACACCAGAGAGCUGCCACCUGCCAGUGUGAAGGUGGUAAAUGCCCUGUGUUGAACAACGUGUGUGAAAACAACCUGUGUCCAGAGGGCAUGGACUGCGUGGCCGAUCCCAGAGACACCGUGUACAGCUGUGUGUGUCCUGAGGGCAAAAAGAGCAAGUGCUCUGAUGGCCACUCGCUGACUUUCAGCGGAAGCGGUUAUGUGAAGUAUCGUCUGAUGGAGAACGAGAACAAGGAGCUGAUGAAACUGUCUCUGAGGCUCAGGACCUUCUCCAGCCACGCUACGGUCAUGUACGCUAAAGGGACUGACUACAGCAUCCUCGAGGUCGUGAACGGUCGUCUGCAGUAUAAAUUCGACUGCGGCAGUGGGCCGGGCCUGGUGUCCGUUCACAGCGCUCAGGUCAACGAUGGCGAAUGGCACUCCGUUUCCCUGGAAGUGGAUGGUAACUACGCUAAACUGGUGCUGGACCGCGUGCACGCCGCCUCCGGCACUGCCCCCGGCACUCUGCGCACACUCAACCUGGACAACACCAUGUACUUUGGCGGCUAUUUCCGUCAGCACAGCUCCCCCCGCCUUGGGCGCAGUCUGCCCAUCUCUAACGGGUUUCGAGGCUGCAUGGAGGCCGUCGCGCUGAACGGUCAGGAGCUGCCUCUCAACACCAGAGCCCGGCGAGCCCACGCCGUGCUGGAAGACAUUGUGGACGUGGCUCCAGGCUGUGCCCUCCCACCUGCUGAGAGUUGCUCCAGCAACCCCUGCACCAACGGAGGAAGCUGCACUUCGCUGCCUAAUGGAGGCUACUUCUGCAAGUGUCCUGCCUCGUUCAUGGGCACACACUGUGAUGUCACCUUAAGUCCUUGUGCCUCCAACCCCUGCCUGUACGGUGGCACCUGUGUUCCUCGUGCUGACGACUUCUACUGCCAGUGCAGAGGCCAGUACUCAGGACAAAGGUGCCAGUUAGGUCCGUACUGCAGAGACAACCCCUGUAAAAACAGCGGGAAGUGCAUUGACAGCCUGGACGGCCCAGUGUGUGAGUGUGAGGCGGGUUUCCAGGGCGACAGGUGUCUGAGCGACGUCGACGAGUGCAUCAAGAACCCCUGCUCCAACGGGGGCAACUGCCAGAACACGUACGGCUCGUUCAAGUGUAACUGCUCUCUGGGUUUCAGGGGGCACGUGUGCGAGUUCCCUGUCGAGGUUCCCAACGAAUUUGUCUCCACCUCAUGGAACAUUGGCUUGGAGGAGGUGGUCGGCAUUGUGGUCUUCUUGUCCAGCAUCUUCAUACUCGUCCUCCUUUUCAUCCUUAUUCGUAAGAGAGCCUGCCGCAGCAGGUCGAAGACCGAUGACGAUGACAAACACGCGGGAAGCUCGGGUGUGCCCCAUUCCUUUCUCCAGAGACCUUACUUUGACUCCAAACUCAACAAAAACAUCUAUUCAGACAUCCCUCCUCAGGUGCCGGUGCGACCCAUCUCCUAUACUCCCAGCAUCCCGAGCGACUCGCGGAACAACUUGGACAGAAACUCGUUCGAGGGGUCAACCAUCCCAGAGCACCCAGAGUUUACUACCUUCAACCCAGAUUCUGUGCACGGACACCGUAAGACAGUGGCGGUGUGCAGCGUGGCGCCCAACCUUCCCCCUCCUCCACCAUCCAACUCCGUGUCCGACAGCGACUCCAUCCAGAAACCAAACUGGGACUACGACUACGACACCAAAGUGGUGGACCUGGAGCCGUGCCUGAACAAGAAGCCAGUGGAGGAAAGCGCCGGCCAUCCCUACAACACCAGGGGCAGCAUGUCCGAGGUCCACUCCCUCAGCUCCUUCCAGUCAGAGUCAUGUGACGAUAAUGCCUCCGUUGUGACAGUAAUCCACUUUGUCACCUCUGUUGUUGACACGGUGGAGGGAGAAGAGUCUUUUAUGGCUCAUGAUCUCAAGAACCCAAGAGGAUAUCACUGGGACACAUCUGAUUGGAUGCCAAGUGUUCAACUUCCUGAAAUCCAGGAGUUUCCGCAUUACGAGGUUAUUGAUCCUCCCGCCCCUCAGUUCGGCGACCAGAGCGCCAUCGACACCGACUAUUACCCAGGCGGUUUUGACAUCGAAAGCGACUUCCCUCCGCCGCCAGAGGACUUCCCCACCAACGACGACUUACCACCGCCUCCUCUGCCUGAGUACAGCGACACGCUGCGGUCUCUCAGCAGAGACCUGGACCAGUCCGGUUCGACCAGCUCCGGGGCGGCACACCAGCGCCCGGCCUUGCCGCAGCUCUACAGCCUUAACCAGUACCUGCCGCAUCACUCCUACCCGAGAGACGGGGGUGACACUGAGGGCCAGGGCACCUCCUCCACCUCUGCCACAGUCACCCCUGCCUCCACCAUGGGUAACGGCGCUUACCGGGGGGGCUUUGCUUUAGGUUGCAUUCGGGACUUCGACUCCUCGGCUCUGGACAACAUGUCCAUGUCCCUGUACACAUCCACGGCCUCCUGCUCGGACAUGUCAGCCUGCUGCGAGGAGUCUGAGGUGAUGAUAAGCGACUACGAGAGUGGUGACGAACAGCUGAACAUCCCGAUGCUGAGCUCCCAGCAGCACACUGAAGUCUGACACUGGAUCCAAACAAAAGUGCCUGAACCCGCAGCUACACCUUAUGGUAGCCCUCAUCACCAACACUAAACACACACACGUGCACACACGGUCAAGAGAGGUACGGGAGGUCUUCUGUAGCGUAGUUCAGCUCCUGACCCUUCGAUCUGGUGUUACUGUUGAGUUAAAGGGGACAUAUUAUGCUUUUAUUGUCUGUCAGAAACUUAAUGCUGGAAUGUCAAAUAGAGAAAAGCUGAACAGUUAACACAAACUUUGGCUUUAAACCCAAUUUUCUUUUUUAAGUAGCAUUUUUUAAUAUUAAGCACAACUACUCAAACAGAAACACAGCUGAAGUAGUCGAGUUUAAACGGAGCAUAAUGCGUCCCCCUUUGAAUGACUUUGAUUUCCUGAAGGAUUGACAGAAAAACGGCACCAUGACAAAAAAUAAAAUCAUACCAAUAUUUAGUUUCUAUAAAAAAUAAAACCAAGCAAAAUGUUUUUAUACAAAUCCUUGUUUUCGAUGUAAAUUUCUGUGUACAGUUUUGGUUUGAAAGUUUACUAGGUUUUGUAGAUAUUUUAUGCUUUUAUUUUCAAUGAAAAAUGAGUCCGAUGGUGUGUUAUCAGCAUUCUCGUGCUUUCAUUCACCAAGAAAAAGAAAAUGAUAAUAAAGAGAGGCACGUGGCUUUUCUCAACACAAUGUACUCGUUAAAAGUUUAUUGUCUCUUGCUCAUUUCAAAGUGGGUCUUCAAAGAGCGACUGCAUAUUCUCGUGUUUUGUUUUUAUUUGUUUGUACAUUUUGACUUUGGAGCGUCUUUAUUUUUCCACCAAGAUAAUGGGACCCAGAAUAUUUAUAGUGCCGAGUUCUUCAUAGACACGGGACGUUUUCAUGUGUCUGUGCGCGUCGGAUCAGUGCUAUGGUCUUGUUAAGGUUUUUAUCAAAUACUGCCACAAGCUCACGCUUUCCUACUGGCAAUAAAUGAUUCCUAAAAAACA